UGGGUGUGAUAUUGUAGCAAUCCAGCGGUGACCGGCGACACAAAGAGAAAGGAGGGAGAGUGUUGGGGACGCGGACGGAGACGGGCUGUUCCCGAGCACCGAGGAAUCGGACCAGCAAAGUGGAGAGGACAAGAUUAUCAGCCCUCGGUGACGUGUGUGUGUGUGCGCGCAUGGCGUUCGCCUCAAGAUGAGAAGUUGGGAAAAUAUUUACAACUGGAAGGAGAUGUUUUGACCCAACAUCAGACGGCAGAGACUCUCCUGCUCCGCAGGCUGUCUGGUGAAGUUUGAGUGUGAAUGUGCUGCUCGGGCAACGGGAAGGUGAAGCCGACCCGAGUCUGAGAGCCGAUAGCGAGCGGCGGAAAUCGGCCAGCGCCACAAUGAUGGUCCCAGGAGUGUCCCUACUCCUUGCCCUGGUCGAUCACGUCCUGGUAGAUGACACCAUGACACCGGUCACCUGCCUGUCAGCAGCCACGCAAUGCACCUUGGACCCUGACUGCAACAGCAGGUUCCACACGCUGAAGCGGUGUGCGGCUAACAGUGUGGCAGGCUCCCUGCAGCCGGCAGCCAGCAAUGAGUGCAUGAUUGCUGCAUUCGCUCUUCAGUCCCACCAGCUCUUCACUUGCAAGUGCAAAAGAGGAAUGAAGAGGGAGAAGAACUGCCUGCGAAUAUUCUGGACCAUGCACCACAGCCACGUUCCAGAUUACAAUGAGUUUGACACAUCACCGUAUGUGUAUUCAAUGCCGGGUUCAUCAUGGGAUUUGGACGAUGGUAGACUUGCUUCUCUAGUUUCAGAAGGGACCAAAGUUCAGCCCCCAGUCAGUGUUAACCACUGCUUAGAUGCUGCCAAAGCCUGCAAUGUGGUUGAGAAUUGUAGACAGUUCCGCACCGACUAUGCCAAGAGCUGCACCAAAUCAGUCUCCAAGUUCGGUUGCAACAGACAUCAGUGUCACAAGAGCCUCCGUCGCUUUUUUGACCACGUGCCAGAGGAAUACAAAUACCCUGUCCUUUUUUGUCCCUGUGAGGACAGCACAUGUGCUGAACGCCGACGAAAGACCAUUGUUCCUGCUUGUUCCUUUGAGGAAUCGGAGAAGCAGAACUGCCUGAAGCUGCAAGGCAUGUGCAAGGAAGACAUCAUUUGCAAGUCCCGCCUGGUGGAUUUUCAGACCAAUUGCCAACCAUCCAAGAAGUCUUCUAGCUACUGUUUCCGGGAAAACUAUAAUGCCUGCCUUCAGUCGUACACUGGCCUCAUCGGUACCAUUCUGACACCAAACUAUGUGAGCAACAGCAGCUCGGAUGUCUCCAUAUGGUGUACGUGUGCCAACAGUGGCAACCAGCAUGAAGAGUGUGAGAACCUCUUGAGUCUUUUCACAAGCAACAACUGCCUCGAAAAUUCUAUCAGAUGGUACAUCAGUUCUGCACUGUUUCGCACAUGGAAUAAUGAACACUCUGCAGUAACAACAAUUCAACAACUAUUGUUCAGCUUCCCUGAGAAGGUCCGGCCAAGCAGUGAUGCCAGUCCAUUGGUCAAACUGGUCCCAAAUAAGGAUUGUGAUCAUGGUGGCAAGCUGAAGGCUUCUCAAGAAAAGUUCAUGUCUGAGAAACUAAAUGACUGUAAUUCCAAUUCAGGGACUGACACCCAGAAUCUCUCUCCAAUAAUAUCCCAUGCCAUCACAUCACUCUACGUCUUCAUAGCAAUUGUCGAAAAUGCCAUUUGAAAGGACGUUUUAUGAAGACAGGAGAGUCUGUUUUUUUUUAUCAUGCCUUGUCUCUAAAUGUGUUUGCUUUUAAAACAACAACCAAAUGCCUGAAGAAUAGCUUGAACCGAGAAAAUAGUUUGUGAAGAUAGCCAAUCGAUUUAACAUUGCUAAGGUAUCAAUCAGAAAUGUAAUCGGGCUUAUUCCAUACCAGUUUAACUUACAUUAUAGCAUAAUUCACUAAAGUUAUAAAAGCCAAAAUUUCUUUAUGCAAUUUCCAGCAUAGCCAAUAUGAGUGCGUAACUGAGGUCUUACUAACAUUAAAUGCUUAACAAUUCCUUCUUAAUGUCUUUCUGGGAAGAAUAGCAUUAUAUCCAGACACUCUGUCAGUUGAAGUUAUCCAUUUAGGUAUUUUUUAACUGAACCACGUCUAUGGGACUGUAGAUGUUCUCGAACUGAUUAUAUAUUUAUUUUUCAGAAGGGAGUUAAGUGGCAGAGACCAUUUACUAACAUUUAAAAUAAAAGACUGUAGAAGCUGUACAGUACUACAGACCACCUAGCCAGGUAAACCUUCAUUUUGGAAUGUCACUGUAUCAAAAUGAGGUCUGAAUCUCAUAUCCUGCAGAUGUGAGGUGUGACCACGCUUCCUCCAGUUCUUGCUCACUGACUUGGGAUCAGGAGAUAAUUGCUUCCGCUCUGCCUUUGUGGACUCUAAUGUGCCCAAUGAGGCCACUGUGGGAAAUGAGACACUUCCGCAAACCGGGCAAGAGGUAGCUGAUGGCAUGGGUGGUGGGGUAGUUUGUGAGAUGGGCUUCAGUGAACACCCCAUGGGCUUGAAGUUCUCAGUAUAAACCCCAUAUAUUUCUUCUCCAUUCUGAGUAGUCAUGGGCAAGGAUUCCCUGGAAUUAGUAUCAUUGUUGCCUUUUUUCAAGAAGUCUUUGGGCACAUUAUUACGGCUUUUUACAGAUGUCUCAUCAAUGGAAUGACACCAUGAAAGGUGAAUCUGAAAGGACAACGGUAGAAACAAAGUAUUAAUUGUGCUGCAGUAGGCAGCUGGAACCGUCUCUGGAUUAUCAAACGAAUGAGAGGAUAACCAAAUGAGAGCAAAGCACUGAAUACCACUUCUUAAAAGGCAGAGCAGUUUCCACCGUAACCGGUGUGUCCUGCGGUUAAAGUACUGGUACUCAUCUACUCACUGUGAUCAAGGGUGCAAUGCUUUCCAUGGCACAGGUCAAAGAAGUGUUUUUAAAAAGUAAUCACCAUUGUAAAUAAGAAAACUGGUAUAGUGAUUUUGGGAAGUGCAAGCUCACACAAACUGCAAUCACCAGAUAAUCUCUUUUCAUGGUACCUAGUGAGGGAUAGCUCUCUUCUCUUCCAAUAGUGUCACAGCAUAGUUACCCUGUACCAAUGUCUCCCAAGUGUCACGUUGCACCUCUAUCUUAUACUAUACAUUGUUUGUAAAUAAGUCUGAUGCUUUAAUUGUUAUAAUGAAUGAAAUUGUGGCAUAAUCUGCUGAGUCUUGUUUAAGAAGUAACCUUUGAAAUCUAUUGUUAGUAAUCUAACAGCACUGUCAUUUUGUGUAGUAAAUGUUUUUGUAAUGUGACAUACGACAGCUGCUGUCAUCUUCGGAUGGUGUUGGAAAAUGACUGUGAAAGCAUAGACAGCUGGACCGCAUGGCUGUGGUGAAAAAAUCAAUUUGAAAAGUAAAUUUACUGUCACAUUAUAUAUAUUUUAUCAGUGAUAACAGAUUAGAUGAUUGUAAAGUGCUGGUCUAAUCUUUGGAUUCAAAAGUAAUUCAUAAACUACUUGAAAAUGACUACUUUUAGUAUCUGCUACUGAGGAUUUUUCAGAGGAUUGGAGUCCUACAGUUUACUGAGAGUUAUCUGGCGUCUUCUACAAAUAUAUUCUGUCUAUGCUUCAGUGUAUGCUGUUGCUGAAUAUCUCGACUAUACAUUCAGCACUGAGCCAGGUAGUCUGAUGGUUAAGUUCCUUAUCUCUGCUGAGUUAGUUGUCCUCAUAUGUGUUUUUAGAGAUUUUGAGGGUUUACUUGUGACUUGUUCACUAAUAAAACACAAGUCAAGCUACACUGUGAUAAUGAAAUUAGAAGAU